GCAUGCUGUCAUAUUGGAAGGGUUUAUGUUCAAUCCAUGUUAAAUAUUUAAAUAGCAGAGUACAUUAGCAUUACUUGAGCCAAAGCAUGAAAACCUUUGAUGAAAACUAUAUGAACGGUAAAAAUAACAUUAACAAUGAUAUUAUACCAAAUAACGGUCUAGAUGAAAAUGCAGACUCGGGAGAAGGAGUCGCUGGUACAACUUCAGACUACAUCUUAAUCGCCAUGAUUGUAGCGAUGAUGUUCUGCAUGACCAUCUGUUGUUUGUGCCUCUUCUGCCGAUCAUCCUCCCAUUGUGUUGUUUGUGGGUUCAACUUCGAAAUGACGAACCAAACAACUUCAAUUGCGAUCGAUGACCUCAGUGAGCUUCAUGAGGUUGUUCCUCUUACUCCAACUGCAACUGGAAACGAUGCGCUGCCGAACAUCGAAAACAUUCUUUGCUCCGAUCCUCCGCCUCCCAAGUACAGUGAGGUGGCAAGCAUGUCGAUGCGGGAUCGUUUCCGCUGGAAGUCGAGGCGAAAAAAGAACUCGUCAAGUCGCGAUAAAUCGGAUACUUCAAGUCGAAAGAACGACUCAAUUGUCCGAGGACAGAGCAAACGAUCAUCAACAGGAAGAAUCGGGCGCUCUUCUCAAUCUAUGUUUCAACGGAGCAUUAGUUACCAACAUCCAAGGAUCACCAGUCUCCGCUCCUCUGCUACUAUGCCGGAGAAGAAAGAUCAACCAGCCAGAGGGUCGAUUUCUUUUUCAGCUGUACCCGCCCAGCAUGCCUCACUACCUACGAACCAUACAUCAAGUGUAUUGCUUGAAGUUUCUCCGAAAACAGACACGGUCUUCACUAUCGGAGAUAAAACUUUGUCCCAAUCUGACUCCACCAAGUCAUUGGUUUCACAAAAAGCUGCCAGUGUUAGCUCAGAAACAAAUAAAAAAGUAGCAGAACAGGGCAAUGAGCUGCCACCUUCUUCUGAGUCUUAUGAUGAUGAUGAAGUGUUCAUAUAAAAAUCCACCGGGUUUGCACAUCUAAUGUCUCUGUGUUCCGUCAUAUACUUGUAUAGUGAACUUUUCCAUGUAUCCUGCCUAGAGUUAAGCUUGUAAGCUUUCACAUAAAUUGCACUUAUGCUCUGUAAAUUGUGUUUCAACUAUAAUAUACAGCAGCAUGCUGCAUGCUACCAAUAAUGCGGUAAUGUGCCAUGUUUUCUAUAAUGUAGACCACUUGUUUGUACAAGAUCGUGUGGAAGGUGCUAAUUAACCAGGUUGAUCUCACGUUUGUUUUCUUAAUUUUUUGUACCCUUACUACAUUGCGCUACAAUAGUUUCUGUAGUUGUGUCACCUGUAUACCGCUUGCAAAGUGAACAAUCCUAAAUUUGUUUUGUAAUUCCAAUUUAACAAUAAAUCAGUUAACAAUUUUUA